UUCACGCAGGAGCAGUGGGCGUGUCCUGCCACUCCAGAUAUGGCGGCUCCGCUGGGCGGUAUGUUCUCCGGGCAGCCCCCAGGACCCUCGGGUGCCCCGCCGGGACAUCCGGGCCAGGCCUCGCUUCUUCAAGCAACGCCUGGCGCUCCGAGAAGUGCUAACAGUACCUUAGUUGACGAGUUGGAGUCAUCAUUUGAGGCUUGCUUCGCUUCUCUUGUGAGUCAGGAUUAUGUCAACGGCACCGAUCAGGAAGAAAUUCGAACUGGUGUUGAUCAAUGUAUCCAGAAGUUUCUGGAUAUUGCAAGACAAACAGAAUGUUUUUUCCUACAAAAAAGAUUGCAGUUGUCUGUCCAAAAACCAGAGCAAGUUAUCAAAGAGGACGUCUCAGAACUAAGGAAUGAAUUGCAGCGGAAAGAUGCGCUGGUGCAGAAGCAUUUGACAAAGCUGAGGCAUUGGCAGCAGGUGCUGGAGGAUAUCAACGUGCAGCACAAAAAGCCCACGGAAAUCCCUCAGGGCUCCUUGGCCUACCUGGAGCAGGCCUCCGCCAAUAUCCCUGCGCCUCUGAAGCAGACGUGAGAGAGCCCUGGCCUGUGCAAUGGCCUCAGCAGACAGCUUUAUUGAACAUCCCCUUUGUGGACACGGCAUCUGGGAAGAACUCUGUCCUGGACAAGAAGAUGAUGUGGGUUCUAUGUCGCCAGCUAUCGUUCCCCCCUUAUUCUUAGGAGCUGCCAGUUUCUUUACAAUACAAAAUGCCUGUAGCUUUGGUAGACCGAGUUAAGUUUUUUGUCUUUAGUACAGUUUAGACUCAGUAUGAUGACACAGAUUCUUUCUUGUAUUUUAUCUUAUUUUUGUAUGACUUCAUUUUUGUGUUUCCAUUUGUUCGAUUGUUAUAAUCUGAGGGGGAAGGAAAACUUACAGUAGUCUGAGAAGGAGGCAAUAAAGAGUUUGUAGCCUUUUUAUGGUAACUCCCCUGCGGUGGCAGUGUGUGGAAAAGUCUAAAUUUGCUAUUUCCAGACUUUGAACUACCACAGGAAGAGGAAUCUAUUGCAGCGAUGUUUGUAAUGCUUUCAGAGCAGUACAGUGUGUAUUUUGUAAUUGGUCAGAAAAAGAGUAAGACAUGCUAGGUUAGUGUAGUAAUGUUUCAGUAGGGUCCUUCAGCUGAUGAUGGCUUUUGUUUGGGUCAGUUCUUAAUUUGUGUGGUGUUUGUUUACCCAUUUUGAGGAGGAUGUAGUAGGAGGGCGAUUUGCUGAAUGUCACCAGUGACCUUCAGGAAUUUGUCAGUGUCAGGAGUGGGGCCCCUGUGUCCAUGUGCCAGCCAGGGCACAGUGGAGUGUGAGUGGUUAAAGCUUCCCUGAUCUCUCUGAGUUCUGAGUUUUGUUUGCUUGUGUUGUUUUGCUUUACUUCUUUGGAGCAGAGAGUUUCCAGUAAAAAGUUUCUUGCUCAUGGAUUUGGUUCCAGGGGACUAGGGCGCUGGGGCAGAGCCACAGGCUGCACAGUCAGCUCGCUGAUGGUGUUGCCCUCUUGUUGUCCAGGCUUCCUCUCUCUCCUUCACGCGAUCUCUUACUAGAUUCCAUCCCUUAGCCCAGCACGAGCACGCCGUUGCCUUCUGAGUAGUCUGCUCGGCUGUAGGACGGGCUUGACUUAUGUUGGCCUCUCCACCCUGCACUGUCACUACCUCAAGCUCCUGGGCCACACAGUCUCCCGUUGCCUUCCCUGCAUUCCUGGGGCACAGGGCUUCUCUCCUCCGCUGCCUGUGCAUGGGGGCUCUUCCUUGUGUCUUAAUGACUUGGGUCUGUCCCUUUACCCCUUCCUGCAUUGUAGGCCCAUGAGAUGAGGCCUUACCCCCUUGAAUGUACAUGCUCAUGUAUUAAGGCAUCUUAUGGGCAGUGCUUACUCCUCACUUUUGUCUGUGUGUAAGCUGCUCACACCGUCUGAGCCCCGCACGUGGCCUCAUCAGAAGGUGUCAGGUGACACGGAGCUCUCACAGCACAGGGUUGUAACUUGGACAUCCCACACUCUGCUCGACAGCUUUGAAUUCCUUGAUUACGACCCUAAGUAGACUGGUUAAAUCUGGGGCACUCUUUCACUAAUAGAGGCGUGCAAAGAUUGGAGCUGGGUACGCCUGUAAUCCCAGCACUCUGGGAGGCUGAGGCAGGGGGCUGCAAAUUUGAGUCCAGCUUGGGCAAAUUAGUGACUUAGUGAGGAAAUGUCUUAAAAAAUAAAAAGGGCCAGGGGUGUGGCUCACAGCAAAGGCCCAAGGUCCAGUUCCCAGUAUUACAGAAGAAAAAAGGGCAAGAUUGGAAAGUGGGGCACAGUGGUGCGUGUCUGUGAUCGUGGCCACUCAGGAGUGUUAGUCGGCCGCAGGGAGGUCUGGUACCAAAAUGGCACGCGUCUUCAGUAAAACCAAAACUUAGCCGACCCGGGAAAGCGCAACUAAACUCGCCACCUGGCCCGGCCCUACUAUCUCCCCAUCCUUAUUCGCCAAUAAGUUUUAACCCCGUCGCCUGCCCCAACAAUACAACCAAUCCUCAACCCCCACAAUGCUUUAAACACAAAUUCAAGGCCAGCCAGGGCAACUUAGUAGGACCCUGUCUCAAAAAACUGCUGAAUGUGUAGUCCAGUGGUCAAAUGCCCCUGGGCUUCAUCCCUGGUACUGAAAGGGGGUUAGAAAAAAAGGAAACUGUUGUGCUUGGUGCUUAUAAAAAAUAUUUUGAAUUAGGUAUAUUCAUGUUAUUGCCAUUUCUUUAUUCAGUUGAAAACCUACAUGUCAAAUAAAAUUUUUGUCUUGUCAGUUUGUAAA